AUGGCGCAGAUGAUUGCCGUGAACGAUGUUGACAUGCCCAAGGUCAUCCUGUUCUAUGCGCCGCAGAUGGCUUCCCUUGCGCACAAGAUAGCGCAAUCAGUUCAAGCCUGCCACAUCACAUGGAGGAGAGCCCCGGCAGAGGGAGGGUUUCCUAAGAUAAACAUCGACGACUACUAUAAAGUUCGAGGCAGCAUCGUUGUUUUCCUGGCCUGUUUCGACGACCCCGAAUGCAUCUACGAGCAGUUCGCCGUUAUGUCGAAGCUGCCGAGGUUUGGGGCCUCAGUAUUCAAGAUCCUCAUGCCUUUCUUUCCGUCCCUCACGCUGCAGACCGAAGGAGGAGAACGAGGAAGUGGCAAGAUGGGAGAGAUACCCACAGCCCGCACGCUCGCGCGUCUGCUGUCAGCGAUGCCAAAAGCCAAAAGCGGGCCCACCGAGCUCGUGGUCUACGACAUUCAUCACCUUCAGGAGAGAUUUUACUUCGACGAUGACACCGUCCCUCGGCUCGAGACCUCCAUGCCACUCAUCCUGCUGCGACUGGAUGAGAUCGUAGACUCCAACCACAGGAAGCAGGAGAGAGUCGUCGAGAGCCACGGCGAGACCAAGAAGAACGGGGAGACGAAGAGCGAUUGGGAGAGCGCGACCUCGAGUGUGCAUGACGACAGCAGUGCGAGUUAUCCUUGGGAUCCUGACACUCAGGAAGAGUACACGAGACUGAAGAACGCCUUCAUGACUAGACAAGUCGACAAGAAGCGACUGAGCAAGAUCUGCUACGCCAGACGGAAGUCCGACCCCAACGCUCCGAUGAUUGCCUUUCCUGACGAGAAGACGGCGAAAAGAUUCGGCAAGCACUUUCAAGGGUUCGAUCAAGUUACCUGCACGCGCAUGAUGAAAGCUGCCGAGAAAGUCGUAGUGUUGGAAGGCAAUCCUCGUGGAAGGCAGGUGGUGCUAAUAGAUGACAUCAUCAUCACCGGAAGCACCAUGAUCAAGUGUGCCGAGCUACUCCGAUCCCUUGGCGCUGUCUCCAUCAAUGUCUACGUCACACAUGCAAACUUUACAGAAAACUCUUGGAAAUCCUUCACGACCGGCUUGUUCGACAAAGUAUGGAUUGUAUCUCUCGCUCCUCUCUUGGGCCCGAUCUUAGACGAGGAGGCCUUCUUGGCGGCUGCGCAGGAGGACAGGUCCAAGGGCUUCAGGCAGAUGCGAGCCGACUCUGUGCGUUCAAGGCUGUAG